AUGUCAGACUGUGAAGCCAAUGCCGAUUCAGUAGCAGAUGAUGACUCUAACAAUGAACUAAUUUCAGAAGAUAAGUUGGAUUCUAAAGUAGAACUGGAUUCCAAAGCAAACGACGACUUUGGAGCAGAUUCAGAAGCAAAAGAUGGUCCAGAAGGCAAACUCGAUUCAGAAGCGGAGAAUGACACUGAUGUAGAAGCAGAACUCAAUUCCGAAGCAGAACUUGAUUCAGACGCUGAGGAUAACUUAGAUGCAAAAGCUGAACUCAAUUCAGAAGCGGAGGAUGAUUCUGGUGCAGAAGCUGAACUAGAAUCGUAA